AUGAAACCAGCAGACAAAAUUCUUAUUGCUACUUCGCCAUCAGACGCAAAACUCAAACCAAGCGACUCCUUCAUAGCUGGUUUCAUUGCUGGCAUAGCCGCGCGUACUGCUUCUUGUCCUUUAGACACGGUCAAGAUGUUAAUGCAGACAAAUUCACACAAAACGUCUAUUUUAGAAACCUGCAGAGAAAUUAUUGCCAAGGAUGGCAUCAAAGGGUUCUGGAGAGGAAAUCUUGUUGGCGUAAUUAAUGCUGCUCCUCUUCAAGCUAUAAAGUAUACAGUUAUUGAUCACCUCCAAAUCUAUUUGAAGCGUGAAUAUAACUCGACACCUGCAGAGAGAGCCUUAGUAGGAGCAGUUGCUGGCGUUAUUUCUCAAGGAGUUUGUUAUCCAUUUGACUUAAUUUUGACAAGAACAACUGUUAACCCAGACAGAUAUCAUAACCUCUUCCAUGCCACCAAAACAAUCAUAUUAGAAGACGGUAUAACAGGUUUAUGGUCUGGUGUAUUUCCAACCAUCGUCGGUGCGAUUGUUUAUGAAGGAUCCCAGUUCGUUGUUCAAGGUGGAUUCAAACAGUUUUACACACAGAAAGAAGGAAGAGUUGCUACAUGGCGUAAUCUCUUCAUUGGUGCUUGCUCUGGUGCAGUAAGCCAGACAAUUGCAUUCCCAUUCGAUGUAAUGAGAAGAAGAAUGAUGAUUGUUGACUCCGAAGGAAAGCGUAUCUAUAAUUCUUAUAUUGGUUGCUUCAAGAGUAUAUGGGAGAAGGAAGGAGCAACAGGUUUCUUCAAAGGAAUUCACGUUAAUCUUUUCAAGAUUUUACCAAACGCUGCCAUUAAUUACACUGUUUGCGAAGAAUGCAAGAAUCUGUUUCUUACUUAUCGCGCUUACCAAGAGGCAAAGCAGAGAAACAAGAAAUAA